CUUCAUUCAAGCAGCAGACCAAGCAUUCAAACCAAGCUUCCAGACCAAGCAUCGUAGUAUGAAUACCCAUCAUGCAUCUUGCAGCGCAUCCGCACUACCAGCCGUAGCAUCCUCCGAUGCUGUUCCAGGCCCGCGAUGCGCGACUUGCGGCGCCGUGACGUCUCGAUUGACGUACUUCAAAACCCGUAGCAGCAACCGCAACGGCAACGCCGGCCGCCCCUACCUGAAGUGCAUGAUAUGCAAUAAGUUCGUCACGUUCACCGACUGUCGUGGGAUCAAUAACGAUGCCCCCCGCUGCGUUUGCGGCUUGCUGAGCCGCCAGCAGAUCGCCGGACGCAUGGGUACGCGCACACCACGCGGUCUGCACUACGUUUGUUCGCUGGGCCAGUGCGAGUUUUACCAAGCUCGUACCAAUGCUCAGGGUGAGCAGCAGGUUUUGGCCGAGCAUCUGAUCGACCUCUUCGCAAAGUUGAAUGUCAUCUAGUACUCAAGGAUUUUCCGGUAGAUGAGGUUGCAGUCUCAUCGGCAGUGAUGUUUCAACAACAUCAUAUUCCUUUGGCCGGAGCACAUCUCGUUUCUCUGCCCG